AGCCUGGACGCACUUGACACUUUGGAAACAGUCAGUCAGUCAGGGACUUCUUAUAAAGUCUUUACAUUUCUGAUGAUGAAGGUUUUGUCUGUUUUUGCUCUAUUGGUGGCUGUUGCUGCCGCUCAAUCUGGUGAUGGCAGUCCUGAAGAUGGAGGGAGUCAUGAACAUCAGCUACAAAAGCCCAGUAGACAUCCUUGGCGUCCUCAUUGGAGAAUCAGGCGCAGCGCUCCAGGAGGGAAGAGGCCAGGCCACCAUUUUGGCAAGGAUCACAUCGUGUUUUCUCCCAUCUUCAAGGUCGGCAAUGUGACAUUUCAGAACAGCUCGGCGGUUCAACUGAAGGAGGGAGAGAACCUUUUCUUUUUGAUGAAGAAAACAAGACCACCUUUCAAGCAAUAUCUGAAGCUCACCUACAACUCCACUGAACCAAGCAAAGUUGCCGUAGAGUUUGGAGAACUGAAGCCGCCCACUCGUGUGCUUGUACCCGUCUUCAGGGUUGAAAAUGUGACAUUCCAGAACACCACAAGUGUUCAACUGGAGCAGGGGGACAAUCUCUUUCUCAAAGUGAAGGGAAGAGGACCGCCCCAUCCACCGCACUUUAAACCCCAGCACUUUAGAGUUCCCUUCCACGGACCACCGCACAGACCUCCAUUUAGGGGACAGUAUGUCAAAGUCAUCUACAACAGCACUGAGCCUAACCAAGUCUCUGUUGAGUACGGCACUGUGGAAUUGACCCUCGACAUUGAGAUUAUGACUGAGGAUGAAGUGUAGCAAGUAAAGGAAGAGCUCUACAAAAUGGAUCAGCCUGCUUCUGAAAUCAAAAUCACUGACUAAAAUUUAUCAAAUAAAUUGAAUUAUCAUUGACUAUCAUGUUGGUGUAUUCUUGUAACAAAGCACAAAGUAAACAUGAAUCGAU